CACACAGUGGCUGUCUGCCGCAGUGGAAGCUGGGCUCACUGGCUUAACAUUCCGUGUAAAAUUCAUUUCCGCAAGAGAUAUUCCCAGAGAAGCCGCCUAUAAGGGUACAAGUGAGACCCGAUGUGGCCGUGAAGCAUUCGUACAGCGGUGUCACGUUGUAGCUGCAGACAGUGUAGUGUGCGAUUCGUCCAUGUCAGCUGUGCCCCAUCGUGCUUUGCUGGUGGAAAUUCCUGGACUGCAAGCAUUGAUGCAGGAUACCUUGCAAUGACCUUCUCUCAAAGCGUCACAUCGACGUUGCAUUACCCGAAUUCAAAACUUGAUUUUCUUUGGGUGACCUACGUGCCUUCGCCGUACAGUGCAUUAAUCGGGGUCCAGUUGCUGUCAACGUGUUUUAAUCUUGGUCGUCGCCACAUUACCCAAGCGGUUGCUGCGAAGGCCACGGCCUUUGUCUCUGCAGAGCCUGUCUUUGUGUGUGGAGCGCCCAUUGGACUGCAUGUUUCGUUUUACAGGUGAUUGGGAUUGUAGUUCAUAUGCAACGCCUUCGGAGAUGUAAAAUCAAGGUAGUCGUAACUCUAUCCCCAAGAACAUGGAAAUGUCCACUCGAGAUGUGCAGAGGAGGAUGUCCAAACGCAGCGAAUGCGUCCGACAAGUGAAGGUGUAAAUUAUUUAUAAGUUCUGCGGAAAGCAACAUUGUGCACCCUUCAGUUCCGGCAAGUUUCCAUGAGAAAGCCGACGAUGGGCUGUAGUGCGCACAGCAGGCACGCCAACGUUGACCUCACUUGGUAAAGAUGGCCACUAUCGUGGAACGCAUGAAGUGUGCUGCAUUCAAAAAAGCCCACGAAUGUUCAGGCCUGCGCCGACGAACAUGGCUGAAGCUCGGCGCCUGCACAGCCAUUGGCGUUAUCCUGCUACUUCUGAUAUACGUGCCUAUAGUACCUUUGCCGUCGUCGUGGUGCGAGACAGGAGUUUACAAAGCCGUCGGUGGGCGCUCCUCCACCGAAGAACUGACGGUGUACGUCGUGACACCGACAUACCGGCGCGCCAACCAGGCCCCCGACAUGGUCAGGCUGUCACAGGCGCUCAUGUUGGCGGAAGUCCGCAUAUUCUGGGUCGUUGUCGAGGACGCCGACAGGCCGUCAUUGUUAGUACGGAACAUAAUGCACCGCUCGGGGCUGGCUGGAGUUCAGCUAACCAGUCGGACACCCUCGCAAUUUCGGCAAGCCAAGCACGGCAAGGGAGUCGCCCCUCGCCUGAGGGCGAUAGCUUGGCUGCGAGCCAAUGCCGUGUUGCCUUCGGUCCUGUACUUUGCCGACGACGACAACUCGUACGACCACCGCCUAUUCGAGCAGAUUGCCCGGGUGCAGCGGGUAGGCGUGUUACCCGUGGGACUGAUCGGCACGUACAGCGUCAGUUCUCCGGUAGUGUCGCCCGCCGGCCGAGUAGUGGGCUUCCACGACUCGUACAAGCGGGGACGUCGCUUCGCCAUGGACAUGGCCGGGUUCGCCGUCAACAUGCGGCUGGUUCUGUCCAGCGCAAACAUCAGCAUGCCCUACAAGUUGGGACAGCUGGAGACUGGGUUUCUCGAGAGCCUCGCCGUCAGCGUCGACGACAUGGAGCCGCUAGCCGGCAAUUGCACCGAGGUUCUAGUGUGGCACACGAAGGUGGUUCCGAAACGAUUCCCCUCAAUAAAGGUAUUACGUCUACUUAACAUUACGUCACCGAACAAUUUACCGCUAUUAUACAAGAACAUCUUAGAAGAAUAAAUUCAUAAGAUACGCAAAAAGAAACAUUGCUCCCCCGUGUUGUCUCGGUGAUUUGUAUUGACAAAUGUGCGUCGGAUUUGGAAGUGACAACCUCGGAACAUGUCUUAAGCGCCCGGCUUGUGCAUUAACAGCUGACCUUCAUCGCCCUCUGUGGGCUUCCAGAGGACCCUGAAACACGUUUUCUCUCAACGACAUGUUAAGUAAAGCAGCAUGCUUGCCAAUAUAACACCAGGUUUAGGUCCGGUCACCUAUCAGUGCCCCCAACAUUAUCGGACAAUUCCACAGGUAGUGCACCCUU